GGGGCGAGGUCAAGGUCUCCGGGUGGUCAGGAGUGAGGCGCUCCCAUCCUGUGCAGCUCACGCCGCCGUCCACCUUCCUCUUCUUGAGUCCUGUUCCCAAACGCCCGGGGCCAGGUCUCAGUACUACUCGGUAUUCUUCCUCUUAAGAAACAAAACCCGAGCGAACCAGCCAUAUGGUGCUGCUCGCCGGCCGGCUGAGGACACGCGGCCCGUUUCCUAACGCCCCUCCCUCUGUUUUUAGUCUGCCUCGUUGUGCAUAAAACUGAUAGUAAUAACUUUCAGAAGAUAUUAAAUAUAAAACCCGCUAAGCAUAGACUUCGAGUUUCAUAAAGGCUUCUCAAAAUUUCAAAAUUGGGGGCGUGGUGGGAAAGCACAAUUAGCUUUAGUUUUAAAGCUGUUUGACUUUACCAAUACUGUCAGCCGGCUCGAUACAGUGCAGGGGUUAAGAGGAAGGUCUCUAGAACCAGAAUGAUUCGAUUCAAAUCCCAACUCUUAGUAGCUGAGCAACCAUGGGAAGUAUUUGUGUUUAGUAGGGACCAGUGGUACGAGUGAAAUGUUCAAAUAAUACCUAAAACUGAAAAUCCAGAAGUAACAACGUUAGCAUGCUAUUUAGAGAUGUGUUAGUAACAGUUGAAAAUGAGGAAGGAGAGGAAAAGGGACGUGGGGGCCAGGAGCUUGCAGAAUUUUAGCAAGCCUGGUAGAAGUAUUUGACUCUUUAAAGUGUAAACGAAUGGGAAUUUUAUGUAUAUGGGUUUAAAUACACACACACACACACACACACACACACACACACACACACACAUAUUGAACUCAAGAUAACAGAGCAGACUAACUAGCCGCCUGAUGGCAUUGAAACGAAUGGGGAUUGUAAAUGACUAUGAGAAAAUCCGUACCUUUGCUAUAGCAAUAGUAGGUGUUGGUGGAGUUGGUAGUGUGACUGCUGAAAUGCUGACAAGAUGUGGCAUUGGUAAGUUGCUACUCUUUGACUAUGACAAGGUGGAACUGGCCAAUAUGAAUAGACUUUUCUUCCAACCUCAUCAAGCAGGAUUAAGUAAAGUUCAAGCAGCAGAAUAUACUUUGAGGAACAUUAAUCCAGAUGUUCUUUUUGAAGUACACAACUACAAUAUAACCACAGUAGAAAACUUUCAACAUUUCAUGGAUAGAAUAAGUAAUGGCGGAUUAGAAGAGGGAAAACCCGUUGACCUAGUUCUUAGCUGUGUGGACAAUUUUGAAGCUCGAAUGGCAAUAAAUACAGCUUGUAAUGAACUUGGACAAACAUGGAUGGAGUCUGGGGUCAGUGAAAAUGCAGUUUCAGGGCAUAUACAGCUCAUAAUUCCUGGAGAAUCUGCUUGUUUUGCGUGUGCUCCCCCACUUGUGGUUGCUGCAAAUAUUGAUGAAAAGACUCUGAAACGAGAAGGUGUUUGUGCAGCCAGUCUUCCUACCACUAUGGGAGUGGUUGCUGGGAUAUUGGUACAAAAUGUGUUGAAGUUUUUGUUAAAUUUUGGUACUGUUAGUUUUUACCUUGGAUAUAAUGCAAUGCAGGACUUUUUCCCUACUAUGUCCAUGAAGCCAAAUCCUCAGUGUGAUGACAGAAAUUGCAGGAAGCAGCAGGAAGAAUACAAGAAAAAGGUAGCAGCACUGCCCAAACCAGAGGUUGUUCAAGAAGAGGAAGAGAUAAUACAUGAAGACAAUGAGUGGGGUAUUGAGUUGGUGUCUGAGGUUUCAGAAGAGGAACUGAAGAAUUCUUCAGGUCCAGUUCCUGACUUACCUGAAGGAAUUACAGUGGCAUAUACAAUUCCUGAAAAGCAAGAAGAUUCUGUAGCUGAAGUAACUGUGGAAGAUUCUGGCGAAAGCUUGGAAGACCUCAUGGCCAAGAUGAAGAAUAUGUAGACAAUGGACUGACCUACAUUUUAUUUCCUGAGUUUAAGCAAAUGUCCUUGCAAUUAAAAAAAAAAUCACUUAAAAACUUACAAAGCUUAGGGCAACAUUAAUUGAUACAUAAUCUUCACAGAAUUGUUACACUUUUUGAAAGUACUGUAUCGUUUAUCACUUUCUCCCUUCAACUAAAUCAAUAACUCUCCUAAAACUUCUGUUACAUUCCUGUUAAGAAAACUUGAAAACUUAGCCACUGAAAUGUUUUGGCCUUUGGAGAGGGAUGGGAAGGAUGGACCAAUAAUAUGCUAUGUUUCUUUUCUUUCCAGUAAUUCUUUGUGGUGUGUUGUCUGAGGCCCUGGACAAUAAAGUAGUAUGUGGUUCUCAAAUGUAGACAGGGCAGGGGGUACCACCUAUUGGUUAGAGCUAGCAGGCCUCCACUCAUUGUGUUUAGAAUCACUCUCUACAAGAAAACUACUACCAUUAACUUGGCCAACAGUGAAUUUCAAAUAAUUAGCCUGUAAAAUAAAAAUAUCCUCUCAAAUGUUACCUGAUGAAAUACAAGCUGAAAUGUAGUCAUUGGAAAAGUUUGUAAACCUGUAAGUUAUAUAUUAAAAACAAGACAAAGGCAAAUAAAAGGAAACUUUCUUCACAGAUAAACAGAUAAAAGGUACUUUCAGGAAGUACAAGUUAUUAUAUUUCUGCACUGACCAAGGAAAAGGAAUCAUAGCAUCUGUGGAACAUAUAUAUCUGGAGUCACUGUACUUUAUUGUGAGCAGCAAGGAAUGAAUUUAAGCUAAGAUCCUCUAGAUUAUACCCAUUGUAUGGGCUACCUUCGGAAUACUUCAUUUAAAUUUGAUUCUCUAGGUAAUUAGUUAUCCUGUAUUGUGGGCAUAAGAGAGAUGUAAGAAACCUCUGUAAUGACUGAUGUGUACUUAUUCAGUGGGAGAGAAUCAGUUACCCUGAUUAUGAUCACUAAGUUAUAAAUUGAUAAACUGGUUUUCUUUGGAGUUGCAUACAAAUAAUGAAAGUUUAGAGAGCCUUGGAUAAAUAAAUUCCCAAUGGUUUGGAGACCA